AUGAGAUUCUUCACCCUCUUUCUCGCCUUCUUCGUCGCCUUCACCUCGGCUAAAGACCACAAACAAAAGCCUCACACCACCCUCACUACUAAAGUGGUCGUCACAAGGGUCCAAGGAUUCACCGCCACAGCCGCUAAUCUGAAAGACCCACGCUGCAAGAAUAACGCCGACUGUGGUAGUGGCACAUGUCUGAAGGGCAUCUGCAUAGAUGACAGCGCGAGCCCACCGGCACCCAAAAAGAAAGACGGGCUGGUUACCGUCGAGGACUUCCUCCCGCCUGGUGAGCACUAUCGUCGUGACUCCGGCAGAAAGUGCAAAACAAACAAUGAUUGCGCCAAGGACAAGGAACGCCCAUGGUGCGGCAUGCAGGACCGCUGCGUGGCGUCCAGGCCCGAGGGCACUGACUGCCAUAUGGAUACCAAUUGCGACACGGGGUAUCGUUGUUUCAAAGCGCGAUGUAUCUCCAACGAGCAGCAUGUUGGUCGCGAUGCGCCGCUGCCGGCAAGGACGCCAGCUCCGGUGAAGGCGCCCGAACCGGUGGAAAGUUUGGCUCCGGAAGAGGGAGAGAUUGUGAUGGCCCUGGGCGAUGGGUAUAGCGAGCCUGACGAGUUUACUGGCCAGCUGAACGUCAAGACAAGAAAGAGAAUGUCUCACAUCGCCAAGUCGCAGCUGCUCGGGGAAGCGGAUGAUGGAAGUGACGACAAGGGAUGUGCGAGUUCAGACUAA